AUGGAAGACGUCGGGAACAAGUUUUUCCAACUCUUGUUGCAAUAUUCCUUGCUGCAAGAUGUUAAGCUAAAUGAGCUCAACAAUAUAACACAUUGUAAGAUGCAUGAUCUUGUGCAUGAUUUGGCUGGAGAUAUUUUGCAGUCUAAACUAUUUGAUCAAAAGAGUGUUGGAGGAGAAAAUCUUUCUCAAGUCCGAUACUUUGGAUGGAACUCACCAAGUGAUCAAAUGGAUAUGAUAAAUGAGCCAGGACGUUUGUGCACAUUGUUCUGGAAAAGAAAUCUAUCUGAAGAUAUGCUAUUGAACUUUCAGUUCUUGAGGGUUUUAAAUUUGUCCAGGUCAGGCAUCAAGGAGUUAUCAGCCGAAAUCGGCAAGCUAAUAUACUUGAGGUAUCUUGAUCUCUCUGACACGCAGAUCAAAGCCUUGCCCAACUCCAUUUGCAAGCUCUACAAUUUGCAAACAUUUAGAGUCAAUGACUGUUCUUCACUCAGGAAGCUUCCAGAAGAAAUGGCAAAUAUGAUAAGUUUGAGACACAUAUAUUGCAACUAUCAUUACAAACUCGAUAUGCAGAUACCACUUAAUAUGGGACAAUUGACUUGUGUUCAAACCCUUAAGUUUUUCAAGGUGGAUUCAGAGAAAGGUUGUCGAAUAGAAGAAUUAGGUCAUCUGAAAAACCUUAGAGGUGAAUUGACGAUCAGAGGUCUGCAAUCAGUCAGAAAUAAAGAAGAGGCUCGAACAGCAUAUUUACAGGAGAAACCAAAUAUCUACAAGCUGACAUAUUUGUGGUCCCAUGUUGAAUCAGAAGGCUGUGAGAUCAAUGAUGAGCAUGUGUUGGAUGGUCUUCAACCGCAUCCUAACUUGAAAACUUUAGUAGUGGAGAACUAUUUGGGGACUAUAUUUCCUUCAUGGUUCAAUAAAGAAUUGCUACCGAAUUUGGUCAUGUUGAAAUUAAGUGGUUGCAAAAAGUGCAAAGAAAUUCCAUCGCUUGGCCAACUGAAGUUCCUUCGGUAUCUUGAGCUGAUAGGAUUCCUUGAAUUGGAAUGCAUCGGACCUACAUUUUAUGGUGUUGAGAUUAAUGGCAAUAUCCAAGUGUUCCCCUCAUUGAAAGAACUUGUAUUGGAGGAGAUGCAUAACUUUAUUGAGUGGAAGGGAGAUGAAGUUGGAGAAAGGCUGUUUCCCAUGCUUGAGAAGUUGAGGAUUACAAAGUGUCCACUGUUAAAGAGUACUCCAAGUCAAUUUGAAAUCCUCCGUGAAUUAAGAAUUGAAAGAGUUGACAGUGAAAUGCCAUUGUUGAACUUGUGCAGCAACUUGACAUCUCUUGCGAAUCUUUUUGUCAGUAACGUGAAAGAGCUCACUUGUCUACCAGAUGAGAUGUUAUGCAACAACGAUUCUCUUCAACACCUAUUCAUCUCAGGCUGCGGAGAGUUUCGUGAAUUGCCACAAUGCUUGUACAAUCUCCAUUCUCUUAAGAGCUUAACGAUUGAGAGUUGCACCAAUUUCAAUUCUUUUCCUGUUCCCCGUGGAGAGAACUACUUGACUUCCCUCCAAUUAUUUCAGUUAUGGUAUUGUGAUGGAUUGAUUAGUUUACCAAGUGGAAUGCUAGAGCAAUGCCGGUCUCUAUUGAUUUUGAUCGUCAAACACUGUAACUACUUGGUUUCCUUGCCUUUACAUGUGUGGGAAAUGCCUUCACUUUCAUAUUUAGAUAUAUCACAUUGUCCCAAAUUGAUUAGUGUACCCGCAGGGGACCUUCACUGGCUCACUGGGUUACAGCAUUUGGAAAUUGGUCCUUUCUCAAAGAUGGUGGAUUUUGAGGCAUUCCAAUUGAUACUUAAUGGCAUCCAGCAGCUGUUGUCCCUUCGUACAUUGAUGGUGUACGGACAUAGGCACUGGGAUUCUCUGCCCCAUCAGCUUAUGCAACUCUCUAACCUAACAAAGAUCUCGAUAUUUAAUUUCGGAAUCAAGGCUCUUCCUCAUAGAUUUGACAACCUUACUUCUCUUGAAACAUUAUUGCUAGUGAGGAGCAAACGGCUACGACAUGUGGACUUCUCAUCUGCCAUGCCCAAAUUACGUGAUCUGGAAAUCCGUGGUUGUCCAUUAUUAAAAGCUCUGACAGAUGGGCUCGGCAAACUUGCUUCUUUGGAAAAGUUAUGUUUAUGGAGCUGUGAAAAACUAGAGCAUCUGCCAUCCAGAGAUUCCAUGCGACGCCUCACUAAAUUACGGAAUCUGGAAAUUGGAGGCUGCCCAAAGUUAAAAUAA